AUGCAUACAUCUAUUCUGCCUGUCCAGGUACAGAACUCGGGUUGUAACAUUCAAGGCUUCUUGGAUUCUGCCGUCUCUUUCAUGCCAGACUCUCCUAACCUGGAUGAGGAUCGUUUGACCGCAGAAAGUUUGCUGCUCUCCGAUUUUGAGGAGUGCAUCAUACCUCCCCUCCCAUCUCUUCAGGACUGUACCCUGCAGAGCUGCCUGCCCAACCUCCCUGCAGGCCUUUCAGAACCCCAUCAUGACCUCCAACCACAACCUGAACACCAUGUAGAGCACUUCUGGAAGGGCCUGGCUGAUGACCAUCAUCAGGCUUUAGGAGAUGCUUUGAGCACCAAUAGUCAGCUUCACCUCACAUUACACAAAAAGGAGGAAGAGAUAGCAUCGCUGCAGGAACGGAACAUACAUUUGAAGGAACUGGCCAACAAAGCAAAACACUUAGCCUCCGUUCUUGAUAGGCUGAUGACUGCUGGAGAAGGAGAUCCCGCAAAGCCAGCUCCACCUGCUGCUGGCUCUCUGGUGAUUUGUGGCACCAAGCGCCGGAGGCUGGAGGACCUUUAUGAGCAGCCUCCUGGCUGUGAGGAUGUGGACGGCAUCCUGAGGGACAUAACAGAGAGGUGCAAUGCCAUGCUUCAGAAUGACAUGAAUCUGCUCCCUUCUCAUCAACAGGAAGCAGAAAUAAGCAGCCCCCAGGGGAUGGAAACCAUAAAGAUGUAUGGGGCAUUUACGGGGUUGCAGGCCUCCAUGGUGCCGAUUGGUGUCAGCACAGAGGGUGGGACAGUGGAUGAGGAAUCUGCAUUCCGGACCUCAAUCAGAGACCACUGUACAAUUCGUACCCUGACCUUUCCUCAAGGCCAUGCAUUCACCUCCACCACCCCCAAUGGGGGCUACAGAUUCCGAUGGGUUCCCAGCUAGUGCAGGCACUCAGCUAACUACACUGCCCUUAAUACCAGCA